AUGGUGGCGGAGGGAAGGCCAGCGAACCAGAGGAAGGAGAAAUCGCCUGAGAAGCUGGCGGCGAAGCCGGGAAGGCCACCGACAGAAGAGAAGCAGAGCGGCAACGGCGACGUCUUUUGUCUCGUGAACCCUAGGCACGUGGCAUCUCCGUUGGACCAAACGGGCUUGUCUGAAAGUUCAAACGAUCCAGCGACAAGGUUGGAAAAAGAAAAGAGACCUCAUUGGCUCAUUUUGGGCCGAGAGUAUUUACAGAGUGGGUCGGCAUUUGGGAUGGAGGAGUAG